AUGUCUUGGCUGUUGAGGACGGGUUUGAGGCCAAUGAGCGGUGUGUUGUCGUGGAUGGAACCGAUACAAGUGAUGAGUUGUCGGCAUAACGUUCGCUGGCAUUUCGAGAAACCCAAUGAAGUGAAACGGAUCCGAACCCAUGGAUGGCUGAAGAGGAUCUCUACUCCAAAGGGACGUCAGAUUAUAAUGAGACGCAUCCUUAAAGGCAAACAAGUCUUAAGCCAUUGA